AUGGCGUCUGUAUCUAUUCAACGAAUACGUGAAUUGCGAGAUUCAUCUAUUCCCAAGGAUAGUUUACUUCGAGAUUCACUUCCUGAUGCAUCUGUUCUGGAUGUGAGCGAUGUUCCACAUAAAUGCGGCUUUUUAUCCGAUGAUGAAAUUACUAUUACUGAAAAGUAUACAGCUUCUCAACUUGUGAAUCUAUUGGCUAAAGGAGAAUUAACAGCUGAACAAGUUAUUAAAGCUUAUCUUAAACGAGCUGGUAUUGCUCAUCAACUAACUAAUUGUGCCACAGAAUUUCUUGGCGAAGAAGCCGUGGAUCGAGCAAAAUAUUUGGAUGACGAAUUUAAGAAACGAGGAGGGCCCAUAGGACCGAUUCAUGGUUUACCAAUCUCUGUCAAGGAGAUGGUAACGAUGCGAGGACGACGGAUCAGUUCAGGAUGGAUGAAAUGGAUUGACAGAAUUGCUGAAGAUGAUGCUCUCAUUUUGAAGAUUCUCUAUGACGCAGGUGCCGUCUUCUACGUUCGUACUACUCAACCACAAAGUCUUAUGCAUUUGGAAUGUAGCAGUCAUGUAUACGGUACUACUACAAAUCCAUUUAAUCGACAAUUAAGUUCUGGAGGAAGUUCAGGUGGAGAAGGUGCACUUCUUGCUCUUAAAGGUAGUCCCAUAGGAAUAGGCACCGAUAUUGGUGGAAGUAUACGUUUUCCAGCUGCUACUAAUGGAGUUUAUGGAUUGAGACCAACUACUUUUCGAUUACCGGUGCGAGGUCUGAUGGUAGCACAGGUGGGAAGUCAAAGUAUUUUUGGUACGAUUGGUCCACUUGCUCGAGCGAGAGAAGAUAUUAAUUUAUUCAUGAAAGCAAUACUCGACACCGAACCAUGGCGAGUAGAUCCAUCUCUUGUGCCCAUUCCUUGGAGAACAAUUACGUUAGAUUCGACAAAUUUAACCGUUGCUGUCAUGUGGGAUGAUGGAGUAGUACAUCCUCAUCCACCCAUUAUUCGAGCUCUUCGUGAAACUGUUGAGCAAUUGAAAACAGCUGGAAUUCGAGUUAUUGAUUGGGAACCAGUCGAUCAUCAGGAAAGUUGGGAUUUAAUUAGUGCACUCUAUUAUUGUAAUGGAGCUGAAGAAGAGCGAAAUUUGAUGACAGAAGUAGAUGAGCAACCGCUACCAUUGACCAACUGGAUCAUUAAUCAGCCGCAAGUCAAAAAACGAAACUGGAUAGAAAUGAAUGAAUUGAUUUCCGAGAGAGAAAAGUAUCGUAGUCAUUAUGCAGAGAUAUGGAACGAGCGAGAAGCAUCCUUCAAUUGUUCUAUCGAUUGUCUUCUUACACCAGCAGGUUCAUCUGCAGCUCCGCAACAUGGCACAGCCAAAUGGUGGGGUUAUACUUCUGUUUGGAAUCUUCUUGACUAUCCAGCUGCUACUUUUCCUGUCACAACUGUCGAUCUUGUGAAAGAUCAACCUGACAUCGAAUAUAAACCUAGAAAUACACUUGACGAGGAGAAUUAUAAACUUUACAAUUCACCACAAUCAUAUGCAAAUGCUCCUAUUGGAUUACAAAUUGUGUGUCGACGAUAUAAUGAUGAAAAAGUAAUGAAAUGUAUGGAAAUAAUGGAAAGAGCAAUGGGGAAAGAAUAA